AGAGCUUCAUCUAAACUAAUUAUGUAAAAUCAACCAAGUUGCACUGUUGUCAUGUUGUGCACUGUGGUUGGUGUUGAUGGUGGGGUUUCAUUACCUCUUUAUUUGGAUUAGAUUUAGAAUGUACCUUUUGCAGUCAUUAUCAAUUUUUAAUAUUUUGUUUUUGGGUGAAAUAAACUAGUAAUCCAUAUAAUAAAACUAAUUACAAGUGGAAGUAAAUCAAUAAUACUCUAUUUGGUCAUGCUUUAUGAGUUGAGAGACAGACAGACAACACCAGAGCACCAAUUUAUUUGGUAGACAAUCGGUUUUGACUCCCAUAGGCAUAUACUAGUACUAUACUAAUGCCAAAAAAAAUCACAAAUUUUCACCAAAGUUUCAGUCUUUGUCCCUGUAAAUGAGCUUAGUUAGAGAAAACCAACAACAAAAAUGUCGGUGAAAAGCAGAGCUGGGUUAGGAGGAAAUGAACCAUCUUCAAAAAAUUUCUUACCUCGGAAAUUUGUAAUCUUGCUAUGCAUUGGUAGCUUUUGUGCUGGAAUGUUCUUUACAGAAAGAUAGAGGACAUCUUAUAUCAGAAAAAUCUGUAUCAAUCUUUGACUGAUAAGCUUGCUGACAUGGAAGAGGCUAAAUGGAAGGUACUGGAUAGGCAGGCGCUAGCGGUGGUGAGAUUGACAUUGGCUCGGACUGUGGGUUUCAAUGUCAAUGACAUCAAAACAACGGCUGGACUGAUCAAAGCUCUGUCAGAUAUGUAUGAGAAGCCCUCGGCUAUGAAUAAGGAUGUGGAUUGAGCCUGAAGGUAAAGAUUCAGUGAGUACAAGAAGAAACAGAGGUGAAAGCAUAUCGUUGAUACAAGAGCAGAAACAGGUUAUACGGCAUGAAUCUAAUCACGUUCCUAGCGAAUUCUCUAUGAAAGAUAACAAUGCUCAGUCAUUGGAGAAAACAAUUUCAAAACUGGAGGCAGAAUUAGCUGCUGCCAGGGCAGCACAGGAAUCAAUAAUGAAUGGAUCUCCUUUAGCAGAAAGCCUAAAGAUUGUGGAGUCAACUACUAAACGGAAAUAUCUAAUGGUCAUUGGGAUAAACACUGCUUUCAAUAGCCGGAAACGAAGAGAUUCAGUUCGUGGGACUUGGAUGCCACAAGGUGAUAAAAGAAAGAAGUUAGAAGAAGAAAAAGGCAUUGUUAUAAGAUUUGUUAUUGGCCACAGCUCAACUUCUGGUGGCAUUCUUGACAAGUCUAUCGAAGCAGAAGAAAAGAAACAUGGAGACUUUUUGAGAUUGGAACAUGUAGAGGGCUAUCUGGAACUGUCAGCAAAGACUAAGGCAUACUUUGCCACUGCUGUUAGUUUGUGGGAUGCAGACUUUUAUGUAAAAGUUGAUGACGAUGUUCAUGUUAAUCUAGCAACACUAGGGAAGACACUAUCCAGACACCGCUUGAAGCCUAGAGUAUAUGUAGGCUGCAUGAAGUCUGGUCCGAUCCUUGCUAAAAAAGGAGUGAGAUACCAGGAACCGGAGCAUUGGAAAUUUGGUGGAGAGGGAAACAAGUAUUUUCGGCAUGCUACGGGACAGCUAUAUGCUAUUUCAAAUGAUUUGGCAACCUAUAUAGCCAUUAACCAGCACGUGCUGCACAAAUAUGCAAAUGAAGAUGUUUCGUUAGGAGCAUGGCUAAUUGGUCUGGAUGUAUCACAUGUUGAUGACAAGGGACUAUGUUGUGGCACCCCACCAGAUUGUGAGUGGAAAGCUCAGGCGGGCAACGUUUGUGGGGCCUCAUUCGACUGGACCUGCAGUGGUAUUUGCCGGUCUGAUGAAAGGAUCUAUGAGGUUCACCAGCGUUGUGGGGAAAGUGAGGAUGAAAUAUGGAAACCCACUUUUUGAGAACCUGGAGGCGUCAACUGUUCAGAACCAGGAGGUAUAUAUCCUUUAGAAAAUAUGGUCAGUAAAAUCAUACUUUCCUAUUCUGCACAUGUAUAUGAGAUUCAAAGAGGCAAUAUAGUGUAAGAACAUCCUGAAUUUCGGCUAGCUAGGUGCUCCAUUUUAAAUGAGUGAGGAAUUGGAAAACUGUAUUGGGGAGGCAAAAAUAACCUUCUAAGGUUAUUAAAAUGGUUAGAGAACCAAUAUUGAGAGUGUCUCUCUAACUUGUAGUGGCUUUUUCCCCCUUGGAUCAGCUAGAUUACUAGAAUAUUGGAAUUUUCGCCAUUCCAUGUACAUGUACCCCAUAUCAAAGGAUUUUGAUGGCGCUCUCUUGUGUAAUUAGGAGUGGUUUAUAAGACGAUGUUGUAGGUGGAAUUGUUCUUCUCUGCUUCGUUGUUUCCCGUCCUCUCCUCCAGUCCUCCUAGAUCUUAAUUCUGAAGUGGUUGGUAAAAUUGGUGGAGACUGGAGAGUAUGUAUUGUAAAAAUGGGCUGUAAUUCUUGUUUUUUUAUUUUUUUUAAUUUUUGA